AUGAACAUGUUGGACGUAGAAGACGACAGCGUUCACGUCACACGUGAAGGCUACUCCCAUCUGAGUGACUCAGAAUGGGAGGUAGUCGGCCGCAUGAGUGUGCUCAUGGGCGAACCCGCCAUCAGUGGUAUGUUGGAGUCUCAAAGCAGAGACCAUCAACAUGCUGCUAUUAACAAGUUCCUACAAGGGUAA